GAUGCGAGCUUCGGCGCACAUGGCGGCGCCCAGGAACGCCGCUUGAAGCGAGCAUGGAGGUGCCCGUGGCGUGCGUCAAAUCCAUCUCGCAGCGCCUAUGUCGGUCUCGAGUUGGGUGCGUCUUGGCCUACGGCGGCAGAAGGCGACCCUGCGUCAUCUACAGGCUCAGCAAUGCGAGGCACGCGCACGGAGCGGCCACACUGGGCGACCAUCACAGCGAGGUGCUACUAUCUAACGAUCAAACGCUCAAGUUGUCAUCAGGGAAGCUGGCCAAGUUUGCUGAUGGCUCCGCGGUUGCGCAAAUUGGCGACACGUCGGUUAUGGUCACCGUGGUCAGCAAACGCAAACCCUCCUCGUCAGCGUCCUUUUUACCUCUGGUGGUCGACUACCGGCAAAAGGCUGCAGCGGCUGGCCGGAUACCAACAAACUUCCUGCGGAGAGAACUGGGUCCCACAGAAAAAGAAAUCUUGACAAGCAGAGUUAUCGAUCGAUCUCUGAGGCCACUAUUCCCUGCUGGCUAUUUCUAUGAGACACAGCUGGUUUGCAACCUACUUGCCGUCGAUGGCGUCAAUGACCCAGACAUAGUGAGCCUCAACGCAGCAUCGGCGGCGCUCUCCCUCUCCGACGUGCCUUGGAACGGCCCCAUCGGUGCUGUCCGCGUGGGGCUCAUCGACGGCGACGUGGCGAUCAACCCGACGCGGCGGCAGAUGACGCAGAGCGCGCUCAACCUCGUCGUGGCCGGUGCCGAGCAUAACCAGGUUGUCAUGCUCGAAGCGUCGGCGGACAACGUGCUCCUCCAGGACUUCCAGAAGGCUGUCCGGUGCGGCGUCAAGGAGACGCAGCUCAUCGUUCGCCAGAUCAAGGAGUUCCAAAGUGCGUGCGGCCGGCCGAAGCGCACAGUGGAGAAGCUGUUUGUUCCGUCAGUGGAACUCAUCGAAGCAGCCAGGCUGUUGGCUGGAAUUCGUGUGAGGGACGUACUGUCAGAUGCCAACCAUGACAAAGUUUCUCGGGAUGAGGCCUUGAGUGCCGUAAAAGAUGAUGUGAUUGAGAAGCUCCAGGAAAGCUUUCCGGGAACCGAGAGCUACCUGUUGAAUGAAGCCUUCACGUCUGUUGUCAAAGAAAUCUUUAGGCAGCAGGUUCUUACAAACGAACAAAGGUUUGAUGGCCGCCGCCUGACAGAUCUGCGUGAUAUAUCUUGUCAGAUCGACUUGUUUCAGCCGCUUCAUGGCUCGGCCCUGUUCCAACGAGGACAGACUCAGGUUCUGUGCACUGUUGCAUUUGACUCUUUGCACUCUGUGCUGCGAUCGGAUCCCGUUUCAGUGAUUACCGGUGGGAUGAAGGAAAAGAACUUCAUGCUUCAUUAUGAGUUCCCAUCGUAUGCAACCAAUGAGAUCGGCCGCACCGGGCCCAUCGGAAGGAGAGAGCUUGGCCACGGAGCACUCGCCGAAAACGCGCUUCGACCGCUCGUUCCAAAAGACUUCCCGUUCACCAUCAGGCUGACCUCGGAGGUGCUCGAAUCGAAUGGGUCAUCGUCCAUGGCGAGCGUGUGCGGUGGGAGCCUCGCCCUGAUGGACGCCGGAGUGCCUGUCUCGGCAGCCGCGGCCGGCGUUGCCAUCGGCCUUGUCACCUUGCCCGAUCCAGAGCGUUCAUACGAGCUUGCCGACUAUCGGCUGCUUACCGACAUCUUGGGCAUUGAAGAUUAUCUUGGUGACAUGGACUUCAAGAUGGCCGGUACCAAAAAAGGCAUCACCGCGCUACAGGCCGACAUCAAGAUCCCUGGGCUUCCACUGAAGGUUGUCAUGGAGGCCAUUCAGCAGGCCACGGAGGGAAAGUCGGAGAUCCUCAAGAUCAUGAAUGACGUGAUCAGCAAGCCGAGGACGCAGAAAAAAGACAACUGGCCCGUCUCUGAGAGGUUGGAAGUUCCAGUUCACCAGCGGGCACGCUUCGUUGGUCUCGGAGGGCACAACGUGAAAAAGCUCACUGCUGAAACAGGUGUUCAGCUGUCGGCGAUCGAUGACACAUGCUUCGAGAUGUUUGCGCCGAACCAGGACGCCAUGAAUGAAGCUAAGGAGAUGGUUGAACAGUUCCUCAAGGAAGAGCGUGAGCCGACACUAGAGUUUGGUGCAGUGUACACAGCCAAGAUAGUCGAGAUCAGGGAGUCGGGUGUGAUGGUGACACUGUAUCCAACGAUGACACCGACGCUUCUUCACAACUCUCAACUCGACCAGAGGAAGGUUAGCCAUCCAAGUGCCUUGGGUCUCGAAGAGGGCCAGGAGAUCACCGUCAAGUACUUCGGCCGCGACCCCGUAAGUGGCAAGAUGCGGCUUUCCCGCAAGGUGCUGCAGACUCCUCCGUCCAGCGUCAUUCGAAACUUGUCCUGAGGCGAGGCUUGAUGGCCGGAAGCUGGUACAUAAUUACCCGCGCUUCCUUCAUGGCCAGCUUCGCUCAUAUUUCGGUGGAUCAGCUGCUUAUGCUGCGUACCCGUGUAAAUUAUGUCCACGGCAUCCCGAGUGGGACCUUCUGGUAUAUAGCUGUAUAUAACAUCACUGUCAUAGGAAAAAAAAGCAAAAACAAACUGUAUAGGAAAUAAAAAUUGACA